UGUCCCUCCCCGGAAGUCGGUGGGCCACACCGCACACUGCCUCUGCCGGUGGUACGCAGGUAUCGUACGGCCUAUCUUGUUGUGUGCCGACCGAGCAACGAGACACAGAAAGUAGGAUUCCUAUUGACUCCCACCGUGGACCCCGGGUCCGAGAUGGUCACAGUUUGCGUGGGAACCACCAGCAGGAGCCAAUAGAACGCAGCGCUCCUACGUCCCAUUGGUAAACAGGAGGAAUGAAUCCUGAAUUGGGUGAAUUAUUUGUUGUGAAUUAUUUGUUUCCCUGCAGAGUCCAUUGCUCGUUCGUUUGAUCGUCUUUGGUAUUAGAACGACUCGUUUUUUUCUGUUACGUUCAAUCUCAUCUGUCCUUAUUGCUCGUGUAUGCGACUGCAAUGGCCAAAUCCUUCAUCUCUGAAGCAAGCAAUCCAACUCCACGCGCGACUCAUCGUCGCUGGAGCUCUCGUCCAUCCCCUGUCCACAACCCUUCUGCUGAAAUGCCUCACUGGCUUUUCCGACCGCUCUGCCGAUCUCUCCUAUGCCCUAAAUUUCUUCUUUCAAAUCCCAGACCCGUCCGCUUUUCAGUGGAACACCAUCAUCCGGACUUGUUCUAGGAACCAUCGCCCCAGGGAAUCCCUCCAUUUGUACCACCAAAUGCGUCGAAAGGAUGUACCGCCCGACGCUUACACCUUUCAGUUCUUGUUCAAAUCCUGUGGCCUCUCGGCUUUCGUUCUUGAGGGGCAGAUGGUGCAUGGUGUUUCCGUCAAACUCUUUCCCGAACGCUACGGCCACAUCGCGAAUUCUUUGGUCCAUAUGUAUAUUGAAUUCGGGUGGAUCGAUGAUGCGAUGCGGGCAUUUGGACCGAUUGUCCAGAAGGAUGUUGUCUCGUGGACAACGAUCAUCGGAGGUCUUGUGAAGUUUGGCUCGGUGGAUGAAGCUCGGAAGUUGUUUGACAAAAUGCCUGUGAGGAAUGUGGUCUCGUGGACGACUAUGAUAGCAGGCUAUGCUAAAGCCGGAAGGCCUGAGGAAGCUGUUCAGCUUUUCAAGGAGAUGCUAUCCGAUGAUGUCACGCCGGACACUGUAGCAAUGGCUGCUGUCCUAUCAGCAUGUGCGCGGUUGCGGGAUCUGAAAUUGGGCAAGUGGAUUCAUCAGCUUGUCAUCGAGAAGAGAAUUGGAAUCAGUAGCAAUCUCGCAGUCGCCCUAAUUGAUAUGUAUGCCAAGGGUGGAGAUAUCAAGUCUGCUUAUCAGAUUUUCGAUUCGAUGGAUCACAAGAUUGUACCAGCUUGGAAUGCUAUCAUUGACGGGUACUGCAAGAUGGGCGACAUAGACAUAGGUCGCUCGCUCUUUGAACAGAUGGAUUCCCCUGAUAUCAUCUCAUUCAACUCAAUGUUGACCGGGUACAUCCAGAGCAGUAGGCUUAAGGAAGCAUUGCUCUUGUUUGCAAAACUGCAGAUGUCUGGCUUGCGGCCAGAUAAGUUCACAUUGGUAGGCUUGCUCACAGCUUGUGCUAAUUUAGGUGUGUUAAGCAAAGGCAAAGUCUUGCAUGCUUAUGUUGAGCAGGGACUGGUAAAGCGUGAUGUGUUUCUCGGGACUGCAUUACUGGACAUGUAUGCAAAAUGUGGGAAGAUGGAUCAAGCAAUGUUAGUUUUCAGUAGGAUGGAAGAAAGGGACGCACAGACUUGGACUGUGAUUAUUUCAGGCCUUGCACUGAAUGGAAUGGGAAAGCAUGCACUUGAGCAUUUCUGUUUGAUGAAGAAUAAGGGUUUAAGACCCAAUGCAGUAGCUUAUGUCAGUGUUCUGACUGCAUGCAGUCACUCAGGUCUUUUAGAGGAGGGACACAUGUUUUUUGAUGAGAUGAGUAGUCUAUACAGCAUCAAACCUGAGAUUGAGCACUACGGAUGCAUGGUAGAUUUGCUUGGUCGUCAUGGACGUUUGCAAGAGGCAAUUGAACUUAUUGAAACCAUGCCGAUGGAACCAAAUGCAGUUAUAUGGGGGUCCAUGUUAAGUGCCUGCAGGCUAUACAAGAACACAGAGUUAGCAGAGAAAGCAACAAAGCAUCUCCUUGAGUUAGAGCCACAAGAGGAUGCUGUAUAUGUCCAGUUAUACAACAUAUACAUUGAUAAUAAAAGGUGGGCAGAUGCUUGCAAGAUCCGGCGCUUGAUGGAAGAGAGGGGCGUUAAAAAGACUGCAGGUUAUAGCUCGAUUACAGUAGGGGGACAGGUACACAAGUUCAUUGCUGGUGACCAGAUGCACCCAGAUAUUAUGGAGAUUCAAUCUAUGAUAGGUGAGAUGACGGAGAGAUUGAAAUUGGCAGGUUAUUCACCAAUCACAGAACAGAUAUCCGUGGAAAUGGACGAGGAGGAAAAGGAACAGGCAUUGUUUACUCAUAGUGAGAAGAUGGCAAUUGCUUUCGGAAUCAUGAAAUUGCCAUCCAAUUUGCCAAUUCAUGUUCUGAAGAACUUAAGGGUAUGUGAGGAUUGUCAUUCUGCAAUCAAGCUAAUAUCCAAGAUCUGGAAUCGAUACAUUGUGGUCAGAGAUAGGAGCCGUUUCCACCAUUUUCGAGAUGCCCAUUGCUCUUGCAAUGAUUUCUGGUGAUCCAUUGGAUGGUUAUGCUGGUAUCCUCUAGUCAGAGUGACACAUUCUGGACAGAUUGGAGCCAUUUUAUGCGAUCUCCAAUAUUUGCAUUGCUCUCGCAAUGAUUUCUGGCAAUCAUUAUAGAAAUUUCGAAGUCGUUCUGGAGCAGUUCACCCUACCAAAGAAUCUGAUGGUGUCUUCAGACCCAAGAUACAUGCUCAAGUCUACCGCAUAAGCACAUCUUAACAUGGUAGUCAUGGCUGUUAGCCUCAAGCCUAUGCAGGUCAAAUUAGAGCCAGAUCCUGCCUAAGGAUGGAUUCAAGUUUUGUACCAGAUCAGACCAAAAUCAGGUUCUUUCAAGAUUUUUGAACUCUGCAUCACUGGUGUUGACUGUAGUGAGACCUCAUUUCAAAAUGUCUGGUUUAGGUUUGAAUGAACUCAGGGCUGAAAACUGAUUCUUCCAGGGAAGUUCCGGUUCGAGCAAGCUUAAGCAAUAAGGGCAGAUGAUAUGGUAAAGUUGAUUUCCAGAGUUAGUUUUGCUCAACACCGUGCGUCUCGUGCAUGGUAGUGAACCACUACAAGCUAGAGAGAACAUCAUCAUUGGCUGCAACCUCGGCAGUAUUGGUUGCAAAGGUGGACUCAUCACCGUAGAGCUUCCGAAGCAACUGCUCCAGAAAGCCAUCAUGGACGGAGUGAGACGGAUGGAGAGAGCCAACCGGUUGUGUGGCUGAGAGCGGUCUUCGGUCUUCCAAAGCAUGAGAAUUAGUCAGAUCGGUGCGGUGCAUCCGAACUCGAUUUAAUUUGAUCCGAGUGGCCGAUCCUUCUCAUCCGUCGGUCUUCUUCUUCUUCUCCCUCCCUGAUGUGAUGUUGACGUGUUAUUAUUCUGUCGCUUGCGGUCAAACCAAUCUCUCACGCUGUAUUUUGAAUGCACUGAGCUGGUCGACCGAGUUAAGGAUUCAUACGUCCAUGAUCUUGCUGCCUGUAUCCCAUUUAUCUGCAGACGCACUCACCGAGGGAAUGGUCUCCUCCUCCUCUGCUCGGUUCGUCGACGCCGCCCUGAGAGCCACCGGAGAAAGAGCCCUUUCCUACACCAACCACAACCUGAAACGGGUAAUCCGGAAGCACCUCCUCGCACUCCUCGCCGACUUCCCCACUCUCUCCCCCCGCUCGGACACCUUCACCGACGACGACGGCACCGCCUCCCAUCUCCUCCAGGCGCAUGGCUUCUUGCCCAUAUCUUCCUCUAUUUCGCACGUCCUUGUGACGAUAUGGCUUCACCGGUGCUACCCUUAUCAUGCGCCCGUCGUGUACGUAUUCCCCACGAACGCCCACCUCCUGCUGCCCGAUCACCCUUUCUUCGGCCCCUCGGGAGCCGUCGCUUCUCCUUACCUCCAUCGGUGGCGGUAUCCCUCGUCCAACCUCUCCCAUCUCGCACGUAACCUCGUCAAUAUCUUCGGGCUGUGCCACCCCUACCACUUCGACAUGACUCCCCCUCCUGCCGCCGACGCCUCUCUAGCCUCCAAUCGGGAGGCGAUCGACCGCCUAUAUGCUCGCCUCCACCGAGACGCGAGGCAAUUCCAGCCCCGGAUCGAGGUGGAGAUCGAGCGCUUCGGGAGCGCGCAACUCGCGCUGCGUGACCGAGCUAAAACUAUCGAGUCCGGCCUGCGAGACCUCGAGGGGGAGCGGCUGAGCCUGGAGAAGUGUUUGGAGGAGAAGGCCGAGGAUGCGAAUGUGCUGUCAGCUUGGUUGCAGGAGCACGGCGGUAAGCCGCAGUCGCCGGGUGAGAUGGUAGCACUGGAAGCAGUGGAUGAGAGGGAAAGACGCAUGGUGGAGAGCGCAGCCGCGGCGGGUGCCAUCGACGACGCGGUGUGCGUGCUCGACGAAGCGCUUGCGGCGGGUGUGUUGGACUUCGGACCUUACAUCAAACAGGUGAGGUGUUUGGCGAGAGAGCAGUUCCUCCACAAGGCCUUGGUCAGAAAAAUCCAGCAGACCAGUGGAGACUUGUUGCCAUAGCGAAAUCCAUUGUUUUGUCUCCAUUUUACUACUUGUAAUCGUCUACGAUUGAGCUACAUGGUUGUGUGUAAGUCGUAGAGUUGAAGUAUAUGGUGACCCUAACCUCGCUCUCGUAUCGGGAUAUCGAUAAAGAUAUUUAGUUCUAUAUCAAA